CUAUGGGAAAAAGAAAUUUAUUCCCUGUCUGCGAAAAGAAUCUCUCUCCUCCUCGUCUUCGUUCCGAUCGUCUCUGGAACCUGCAUCGUCGUGGUGGGGGAAGUUGAAAUAAUCCCCCGAAUCGAACGUAACACGUUCUUCCACAUACCCAUUAACGCUUUACUACUUAACCCCCAUUCUCUUGUCUCUCUCUCUCUCUCUCGGUGAAAUUUGAUUCCGGCGACGAUCGGUCAAAUCAUUUGUGGUUGUCGCCGUCAUCUUCGCAAAUCGGAGACGUAUGCUCUGAAGAUGGUGAGGUUUGAUUCGGUUGGGGCUAAUGAUGUUCGUCUUGGCGGUAGCAACCAGUUUUCUUCUCCGUCAUUCUCUUCUUCUUCUUCUCUCAGGCAUGUCAACUACAGUUGUGGCUCGUGUGGGUACGAACUGAACCUAAGCUCCUCAAAUCGGAUCACAUCCACUAUCGGGUCGAAGUAUGGGAAAUCCAUAAAGAGUGGCAUCAUAUCGUUCUUCAAUAUCGACGAGAGCAGAUUCACGCAGGUGGAGGAGUUUCGAUGCAUCCCCCACUUCUCGAAAAACUCUUGGGGUUUGUUCAGACACAGAACUAAACUUCUCUGUCGCAAAUGUAAUAACCAUAUCGGCACUGCUUCUCAGGACAAAGCUUCUGCUCACACCGUCGUAGCAGAAAGUUCAGAUUCGUCGCCCAGCGAUGUCGGCUCUGGCAUCAAGAAGUACGAUAUCCGGAUCCGUGCCCUUCAACCAUCUUCCUCCGCACAAGGAAUUGGGGCACCGUUCUUCUCGUGAAUCGCAUCGAAUCUCUCGUCUGUAAGUCCUUUUAUCGUACAUGCCGAGAUGUUCCAGGGUAUCUUCUGAAAUGUUACCUGUAAAUCUGUCAUGAAGGGUCUGUGUAAUCUUGGUUUUGCUGGUUAGAAUGGUGGAUCUGCUUUUGUACAGAGUAGUACGUAGCAACGCCUAAGGAAGCAUUGGAGGGCAAUGUGUGCAAUCUUCCACCACCCAUUUGUUUUUGCCAUUCAUAAUCAAAUAACAAUGUCUUUCCGGUUGUUCCCUAUUA